AUGCAGUACCGUAUUGUCUUCGGAGUUGCCGCCACCAUGGCCGUUGGCGCCUCGGCUAUGCCCAGCAGACCUCUUGUCACCGCGAGCCCUUCGCCCGAAGAGCGCAGAGCCGCCAUGAAGCGUGACUCCCUACCUGCUUCCUCAGGUUCGUCUGCCCUGAGCACUGUCUACACUAUCGCUGCUGGCGAGAGCUUCGACGGUGGCAUGGUCAUGUACGACCGUGGUGUCGACUGCGAGGGCCAGAGCGAGGGUGGCGACUCGGACGCCGUCUUCCAGAUCGAGAACGGUGGCUCCCUGUCCAACGUCAUCAUUGGACCCAACCAGAUGGAGGGUGUCCACUGUCAGGGUGCUUGUACCCUGACCAACGUCUGGUGGUCUGCCGUCUGUGAGGAUGCCUUUACCAUCAAGAACCAGGACGCCGGCGAGACCACCACCAUCUCUGGCGGAGGUGCCUUUGGCGCCGACGACAAGGUCCUUCAGCACAACGGUGGCGGUACCCUCAGCGUCAGUGACUUCACCGUUGAUACCUUUGGUAAGCUGUACCGCAGCUGUGGCAACUGCGACACCAUGUACGAGCGUCACGUCAUCAUGGACGGCAUCACCGCCACCGACGGUAGCGAGCUCGCUGGUAUCAACUACAACUACGGUGACUCGGCCACCUUUACCAACAUUGUUGUCUCUGGCGUCGAUGACAUUUGCGUCACCUACACCGGCACCGACGACAACGACGAGGAGCCUUCCGAGUACGGCUCCGGCGCUGACGGCACCUACUGCAUCUACUCCGACUCGGACAUCUCGGGCGACACGUACGAGUCCGGCUCCGCCGCCGCCAGCACUGGCGCCUCCAAGACGAGCGCCACCGCCUCUUCUGCUACCAGCUCGUCCAAGGCCACCACGACCAGCAGCGGCAGCAAGUCCACCUCCACUGCCAAGUCUACCAAGACCACGAGCUCCAAGUCCUCCAAGACUUCCAGCUCUAGUGAGUCCACCAAGACCUCGGACUCGGACGAUGACUCUGACGAUGACGAGGAUGACUCCGACUCCAAGUCUUCCAAGAAGGAGGACAGCCGCUCCAACGCCUUCAGCUGGUUCCGCUGGUAA